GGACUCGAGCACGCAGUCGCACCUCCCACCCACCCGCAGCCGCCGGCGAGUUCGAGCGGCGGCCACCGGGCGGGCGGCGGGGCGGCGGCUCGGCUCCCCUGAUCUCCCUCCCCUGCGCCGCUGCGCGGUAUGGACCUCCAGGAUCCAGCCGCGGACGCCGUCGCGGCCGAGCCACUCACCGUCGCCGAGACCGACGACCAGCCGCCGCCGCCAGCGCCGCCUCUGGAGGCGGAGGGUGUUGUCGUCGCGGAGGAAGACCCGCUGCCGCAUCCGCCCCUUGAGGUGGUGGAGGAGGAUGUGGCCCCCGUCGUCGCAGAAGCCGGCGCCGCUGCCGUACCUAUGGAGCCCUCCGAGGCUGGCGCGGGUGGUGUCGUGCUCACCGACGAGCUCUGCGACCGGAUCGUCAAACAGGUGGAGUACUACUUCAGCGAUGAGAAUCUUCCUACGGAUGAGUUCCUGAUUAAAUUCGUGAAGAAGAACAAGCAGGGGUUUGUUCCUAUUGGAGUUAUUGCCUCAUUCAGAAGAAUGAAGAAACUCAGUCAGGAUCUCUCUAUAAUUGAAGCUGCACUUAGGACAUCAUCUAAGCUGGUCGUGAGUCCAGAUGGGAAAAGGGUCAGGAGGUUACAUCCAUUGCCAAAUAAUGAAUUGAAUGAUGUUAAGAAAAGGAUAGUCGUGGUGGAAAAUCUGCCUUCUGAUUUCUCCAUGGAAAGCAUACAUGCGAAAUUUGAAACAGUUGGGAAAAUUGCGAAGAUAACCAUUCAUGAUCAACAUUCAGUGGGAGAAUCUGCAACAAUUAAGAACCAUGACAUCAUGCUAAGUAACAAGGUGCAUGCUCUUGUUGAAUAUGAAACAGCAGAGGCAGCUGAGAAAGCUGCUAUCACCUUAAACGAUGGGAGCAAUUGGAGGACUGGAAUGAAAGUCAGGCUGGCUAAGCGAACCGUAGGAUCAGGAAAGCAUAACCAGUCUUCAAAAGAAAAUCAGGCCAUCCAGGGCCAGCCUUCAAAAGUAGAGCAGCAGAUGGUAUCAGAAAAGAAUGGUGGUACUGAUUCAGUGGAGAGUGCUUUCGACAAUGAGAAUGUGAACUCUAAUAUUUCCCAUGAGGACAUGCACCAACACCAAAAAGUAAAUGCUAAAGGAGGACGAAAAGGUCGAUAUAAAUCUCAAGGAAGAGGUCAGAUUCAGCAAAAUACAAGUGGGCAAGGCCAUGUCUCAUCCCCUGCCACUUCUGGUUCUGAUCAUGUGAACAAGCCUAUUCCUGGACCGAGAAUGCCGGAUGGGACAAGGGGCUUUACAAUGGGGCGUGGUAAAUCUCCUACAUUCCAGAAAGGGGAUAAUGCUGAAGAAUAGUGCUUUUGUCCCAAAAAGCCUGGUAACAAUCUAACCGCGUGAAAAACAUAAUUCUGCUGUUAUGCUAUAAGCUGUCUUGCUUCGUGUAAGAACGUAGGGACAUGUCACUGAUAUAGAAAAGGCUCUUAUUUUUUAUGUAGUGUCUUUUCUGAAUUAACUGGUGCUUUAGUAGGUCUGGUAAAAAUUUAACCUCAUGAAAAACAUAGUACUGCUGUUAUGCUAUAAGCUGUCUUGCUUCGUGUAAGAACGUAGGGACAUGUCACUGAUAUAGAAAAGGCUCUUAUUUUUUAUGUAGUGUCUUUUCUGAAUUAA